AUGUCUGGGGAUUUUGUGUGGAUUGGUCUGCGCCGGGAAAAACUGUGGUCUGAUGGGAGCUCCUCUCUGUUUCGACACUGGGCCAAUGGGCAACCGGACGGCCCGGUACAAUGUGCCACCACAGACUUCCUUGACUCAGGGCAGUGGACAGAUGAACACUGCUCCCUGAGUUUCCCAUUCAUCUGUUACACAGCAACUCCUCUGAAUGCAGGAAGCUUCAGAUCAACAGGACAAAAUGAGACCAGUAUCACUCUGCAGUGGAGUAAAGUGAACAAUGUCAGCUAUAUUCUCCAGUUAAAUGGUGCAGAGACGAACAUCAGUGCACCAGUUGGAGAUGGACCAGUAACUCACACAGUCUCAUCUCUCACUGCUGGAACUGAAUACACAUUCACUCUCUUCUCUGUGUUUGAGACCGUCAGAAGCAGUGGAGUAAACAUUACUGCAGUCACUGCUCCUUUGAAUGCAGGAAGCCUCAGAUCAACAGGACAAAAUGAGACCAGUAUCACUCUGCAGUGGAGUAAAGUGAACAAUGUCACCUAUAUUCUCCAGUUAAAUGGUGCAGAGACAAACAUCAGUGCACCAGAUGGAGAUGGACCAGUAACUCACACAGUCUCAUCUCUCACUGCUGGAACUGAAUACACAUUCACUCUCUUCUCUGUGUUUGAGACCAUCAGAAGCAGUGGAGUAAACAUUACUGCAGUCACUGCCCCUCAAAAUGCAGGAAGCUUCAGAUCAACAGGACAAAAUGAGACCAGUAUCACUCUGCAGUGGAGUAAAGUGAACAAUGUCAGCUAUAUUCUCCAGUUAAAUGGUGCAGAGACAAACAUCAGUGCACCAGAUGGAGAUGGACCAGUAACUCACACAGUCUCAUCUCUCACUGCUGGAACUGAAUACACAUUCACUCUCUUCUCUGUGUUUGAGACCGUCAGAAGCAGUGGAGUAAAUAUUACUGCAGUCACUGCCCCUCAAAAUGCAGGAAGCUUCAGAUCAACAGGACAAAAUGAGACCAGUAUCACUCUGCAGUGGAGUAAAGUGAACAAUGUCAGCUAUAUUCUCCAGUUAAAUGGUGCAGAGACAAACAUCAGUGCACCAGAUGGAGAUGGACCAGUAACUCACACAGUCUCAUCUCUCACUGCUGGAACUGAAUACACAUUCACUCUCUUCUCUGUGUUUGAGACCGUCAGAAGCAGUGGAGUAAAUAUUACUGCAGUCACUGCUCCUUUGAAUGCAGGAAGCUUCAGAUCAACAGGACAAAAUGAGACCAGUAUCACUCUGCAGUGGAGUAAAGUGAACAAUGUCAGCUAUAUUCUCCAGUUAAAUGGUGCAGAGACAAACAUCAGUGCACCAGAUGGUGAUGGACCAGUAACUCACACAGUCUCAUCUCUCACUGCUGGAACUGAAUACACAUUCACUCUCUUCUCUGUGUUUGAGACCGUCAGAAGCAGUGGAGUAAAUAUUACUGCAGUCACUGCUCCUUUGAAUGCAGGAAGCUUCAGAUCAACAGGACAAAAUGAGACCAGUAUCACUCUGCAGUGGAGUAAAGUGAACAAUGUCAGCUAUAUUCUCCAGUUAAAUGGUGCAGAGACAAACAUCAGUGCACCAGAUGGUGAUGGACCAGUAACUCACACAGUCUCAUCUCUCACUGCUGGAACUGAAUACACAUUCACUCUCUUCUCUGUGUUUGAGACCGUCAGAAGCAGUGGAGUAAAUAUUACUGCAGUCACUGCUCCUUUGAAUGCAGGAAGCUUCAGAUCAACAGGACAAAAUGAGACCAGUAUCACUCUGCAGUGGAGUAAAGUGACCAAUGUCAGCUAUAUUCUCCAGUUAAAUGAUGCAGAGACAAACAUCAGUGCACCAGAUGGAGAUGGACCAGUAACUCACACAGUCUCAUCUCUCACUGCUGGAACUGAAUACACAUUCACUCUCUUCUCUGUGUUUGAGACCAUCAGAAGCAGUGGAGUAAAUAUUACUGCAGUCACUGCUCCUUUGAAUGCAGGAAGCUUCAAAUCAACAGGACAAAAUGAGACCAGUAUCACUCUGCAGUGGAGUAAAGUGAACAAUGUCAGCUAUAUUCUCCAGUUAAAUGGUGCAGAGACAAACAUCAGUGCACCAGAUGGUGAUGGACCAGUAACUCACACAGUCUCAUCUCUCACUGCUGGAACUGAAUACACAUUCACUCUCUUCUCUGUGUUUGAGACCAUCAGAAGCAGUGGAGUAAAUAUUACUGCAGUCACUGCUCCUUUGAAUGCAGGAAGCUUCAGAUCAACAGGACAAAAUGAGACCAGUAUCACUCUGCAGUGGAGUAAAGUGAACAAUGUCAGCUAUAUUCUCCAGUUAAAUGGUGUAGAGACAAACAUCAGUGCACCAGAUGGUGAUGGACCAGUAACUCACACAGUCUCAUCUCUCACUGCUGGAACUGAAUACACAUUCACUCUCUUCUCUGUGUUUGAGACCGUCAGAAGCAGUGGAGUAAAUAUUACUGCAGUCACUGUCUCAGCUCCUCUGAAUGCAGGAAGCUUCAGAUCAACAGGACAAGACGAGACCAGUAUCACUCUGCAGUGGAGUAAAGUGAACAAUGUCAGCUAUAUUCUCCAGUUAAAUGGUGCAGAGACAAACAUCAGUGCACCAGAUGGAGAUGGACCAGUAACUCACACAGUCUCAUCUCUCACUGCUGGAACUGAAUACACAUUCACUCUCUUCUCUGUGUUUGAGACCGUCAGAAGCAGUGGAGUAAACAUUACUGCAGUCACUGCUCCUUUGAAUGCAGGAAGCUUCAGGUCAACAGGACAAGAUGAGACCAGUAUCACUCUGCAGUGGAGUAAAGUGAACAAUGUCAGCUAUAUUCUCCAGUUAAAUGGUGCAGAGACAAACAUCAGUGCACCAGAUGGAGAUGGACCAGUAACUCACACAGUCUCAUCUCUCACUGUUGGAACUGAAUACACAUUCACUCUCUUCUCUGUGUUUGAGACCGUCAGAAGCAGUGGAGUAAACAUUACUGCAGUCACUGGUAAGACUAUUUUCUUUAUUAUUAUACACUGAAACAUGGUGGUAAAACAAAAAUAUUGUUAACAGCUAUAAUAUUCACUCACUGUAUCU